GGACGCGUUGGCGGAUGUGUCAAGCGGCGGAAGGUUGCAUUAUCAGUGCUGUGCGAGUGUGCGGAGGGACGAUUUACAUUUGUGUCUUUUUGAUAUUAUUUAAACAAUAGCUAAUCCCCAGUCCGCCUCUCGGAUAAAUGUCUGCACCUCCCAUUUUUUAAACCAGCAUAUUGUUUACAUUCGGGGGAUAACCUGCAGUGGAGAAAAUAACCGCCAUUUUACCGAAUAAAAAACACGUUUUCAGUGACAGCAGCUGCACAACAUGGCUCUGAAGAGAAUUCACAAGGAGUUGAACGACUUGGCCCGUGAUCCACCGGCGCAGUGUUCAGCUGGACCUGUUGGGGAUGACAUGUUCCACUGGCAAGCCACAAUAAUGGGACCAAAUGACAGUCCUUACCAGGGUGGAGUGUUUUUCUUGACAAUUCACUUUCCCACAGACUAUCCCUUCAAACCACCAAAGGUUGCAUUUACAACAAGAAUCUAUCACCCGAAUAUCAACAGCAAUGGCAGCAUAUGUCUUGAUAUUCUGCGCUCUCAGUGGUCUCCGGCUCUCACUAUUUCAAAAGUUCUCUUGUCCAUCUGCUCACUGUUAUGUGAUCCAAAUCCAGAUGAUCCUUUAGUGCCCGAGAUUGCACGCAUCUACAAAACCGACAGAGAGAAGUACAACAGAAUAGCUCGGGAAUGGACACAAAAGUAUGCAAUGUAGUAUUGGAGAAAAGUGGAUACACCUCUACAACGAUGGCUAGGGGACUUUGAAAGAAAACAAAUCGUUUUGGUUUCCAUUUGACUGCUCUCUAUGAACCCACGCCUCCUCUUGCCCUGUGCACAUGCUUACCUGACCCAGCAGGGCUGUGCUGUGUUGUACAUAUUUGCCCCGUGGACCUGCUUAUUUGACCCAGCUGUGCUGUGCUGUGUUGUACAUAUUUGCCCUCUGCACAUGCUUACUUGACCCAGCAGGGCUGUGCUGUAUUGUACAUAUUUGGAACAGCAAACUUGCAAAUACUGUGCUCCCUGUAUCUUACUAUUUUGGCAUCGAACACAGUAGUGUGUUAAGGGCCAGUUAAUCGGUUAUAACAGAGUUGUGAAUCUAAAAGCAUUCUUUACCAUUUUAAAUUGGGGUACUUUGAAAUGUGUUUUUUUUUUUUCUUUUCCUGUGCUUCCAGGCACUAUUUUUCACUACUAAUCAGUGGGAGGGAGAUGUAUUUUUGUAUAAAUUAUCAGGAAUCCUUUUAAACUCAUAGCAGGUUAUGAAUAGAAAGAUGGUCUUCGGUUUGUUUUUGUAUUGCAGGUAAAUUCUGAAGGAAUUCUUUCUCUAUUUUUGCGUAACUGUCAUCACCAGGAAUAUACCCAUUAUACCCACAUCCAAUAAAAGUGCAGGUUGUGGUCAAUAGUUCUAUAAAUAACCAAGCUAUUAAUUCAACAAUAGGUUUUCCUCUACCUUUUUGGGGUUGCAUUUUGCUUUCAGUUCAUUAGUAUUAAUGGCUAUUAAUUCUCCUUUUAACUGCUCUGUUCUUUCUGGAUGUAAGGGUAUGGAUUCCUAUGAAAGAAAAAAGCGUGUAUAUUUCAUGACCUGAAAGCUCGUUGAGCUUGUGUGUUUCAGUAUGAUUAAACUGUGUAAUAAACUGAUUACUAAAGUU